AUGCCGCGCGCUGUGCGAGGCCUGCUCAUCGAGUGCGAUCCCUCAAUCAAAUCCAUGAUCCUGAAGUACGACGAGGAACGACACGACUACAUUGUGGAGGACUUGGACGAUGAAAACCACUUGGUCAUCAAGGAGAGUCAGCUAGAAAAUCUGAAGGCGCGUCUGGACCAUGACCUUGAUGAGAAAAUUAUGCAGCUUGACGAAUCCGAAUCCGAGUAA